AUCCCUUCCUUUCUAUCUCUCUCUCACUAUAUAUAAAAUCGUCGUCUCCUUUCCUCAGCUAACCCUUACUCUCUCUCUCUCUCUCUCACUCUCGCAACAGCAACCGCAAUACAAACAAGCAAUUUAGGCCAGGCCACGUCUAUAGCUAGAUUUGGCUUGGUUCGUUCUCUGAUCAUUCUCUUUUAUACUUCUCUGAUUAAGAACUUGUAGAAAAUGGCCGAUUCUGAGGAUAUUCAGCCCCUUGUCUGCGACAAUGGAACUGGAAUGGUGAAGGCUGGGUUUGCUGGGGAUGAUGCUCCCAGGGCAGUGUUUCCAAGUAUUGUGGGUAGACCAAGACACACUGGUGUCAUGGUUGGAAUGGGGCAGAAGGAUGCUUAUGUUGGUGACGAAGCACAAUCUAAGAGAGGUAUCUUGACCUUGAAAUACCCUAUUGAGCAUGGUAUUGUUAGCAACUGGGAUGAUAUGGAGAAGAUCUGGCAUCACACUUUCUACAAUGAGCUUCGUGUUGCUCCUGAGGAGCACCCAGUCCUCCUUACAGAGGCUCCUCUUAACCCCAAGGCUAACAGAGAGAAGAUGACUCAAAUCAUGUUUGAGACCUUCAAUGUGCCUGCAAUGUAUGUUGCCAUCCAGGCUGUCCUUUCCCUGUAUGCCAGUGGUCGUACAACUGGUAUUGUGCUGGAUUCUGGUGAUGGUGUGUCUCACACUGUGCCCAUCUAUGAAGGGUAUGCCCUUCCACAUGCCAUCCUUCGUUUGGAUCUUGCUGGUCGUGAUCUCACUGAUGCUUUGAUGAAGAUCCUCACCGAGAGAGGUUACAUGUUCACCACCACUGCUGAACGGGAAAUUGUCCGUGAUAUGAAGGAGAAACUUGCAUAUGUUGCCCUUGACUAUGAGCAGGAGCUUGAGACUGCCAAGAGUAGCUCCUCUGUUGAGAAGAACUAUGAGCUACCUGAUGGUCAGGUCAUCACCAUUGGAGCUGAGAGAUUCCGUUGCCCGGAAGUCCUCUUCCAGCCAUCUCUCAUCGGAAUGGAAGCUGCUGGUAUCCACGAGACUACUUACAAUUCUAUCAUGAAGUGUGAUGUGGAUAUCAGAAAGGAUCUAUAUGGUAAUAUUGUGCUCAGUGGUGGUUCCACCAUGUUCCCUGGUAUUGCUGACCGUAUGAGCAAGGAAAUCACUGCCCUUGCCCCAAGCAGCAUGAAGAUUAAGGUGGUUGCACCACCAGAGAGAAAAUACAGUGUCUGGAUUGGAGGGUCAAUCCUUGCAUCUCUCAGCACCUUCCAGCAGAUGUGGAUUUCCAAGGGUGAGUACGACGAGUCUGGCCCAUCCAUCGUCCACAGGAAGUGCUUCUAAGUUCCGAACAGUGCGGUGAUGGUGAGUUCUUUCUUUCUAUUUAGUUGGCUUUUUUCGUGUCAAGGUGUCAUGAACUCAAAGUCCUAGUUGAUAUGGAGAAUUUGUUGAGGUGGGGGUCAUUGAAGGAGGGAACAUUCUGAUAUUCAAUGUAUCGAAUAGGCUUGUGAUUCGAUGUUGUUAUUGCUGCUUUUUAAGAUGCGCAACUGUAAUGGUCCUCCCUCUCGAUGUGGUGGUCAGACACUUUGGUAGUCAAGCUCUUUGCUUUCCUUCACAUCAUCUGUGGUUCAACCUUGCGUCUUUUUAGUAGGAGGAUGCUUGUAGACGGAGAGUGGUUGUGAUGAUGCUUUUUUAUUUUUAUUUUUUUUCCAUCUCAACAUUUGAAGGUGUUUUUUUCCUUGGGAACAUUAAUGUUAAUAGUUAUUGUAUGAGAAAUUUUGUGUUAGUGUCAA